GCAAGCAAGGAGAUAUAUAUCUUGGUGAAAAAUAUGAUAAGUACUACACCUCAUUCUAUUUGGGUGUGGAUGAUGACGGUGGUAAUGUCAGUGUUGAUGAAUGAAAUGUGUUGUCGUGGGUGUUGGGAGCAAGAGAGGAUAGCUUUGCUGCAUCUCAAAGCUUCCAUCAACUACCCCAAUGGCAACUCUUUGCCUUCUUGGGUGGAUAAUAAAUCAUCCAAUUGUUGUCAAUGGGAAAGAGUUGAAUGCAGCAACACUUCAAGCCGAGUCAUUCAACUCUCUCUUAAUCGAACAAGAGAUUGGGAAUCUAGUAAAGAUUGGUAUUUCAAUGCUUCUCUGUUUCUUCCCUUUAAAGAGAUCAAGACUCUUGAAUUAAGUGAAAAUGCAUUAGUCGAUUGGGCUGAGAAUGAAGGAUUUGACAAACUUUCUACGUUGACCAAUCUUGAAGUUCUUGAUUUGAGUUAUAAUAUGAUCAAUAACUCCAAAAUUCUAAAAUUUAUUGGUGAAAUUCCAUCUUUAAAGUCUCUAAAUCUUGGAGAUAAUAGCUUGGGAAGCUCGGUUGAUUUGACAAGUUUUGAAAAAUUUUCUACGUUGACCAAUCUUGAAGUUCUUGAUUUGAGUUAUAACAUGAUCAAUAGAUCCAAAAUUCUAGAAUUUAUUGGUGGAAUUCUAUCUUUAAAGUCUCUAAAUCUUGGAGGAAAUAGAUUGGGAAGCUCGAUUGAUUUGACAAGUAAGUUAAAUUAUAUAAUCAUAUCUUAAUUAAAGUAAUUUUUUGGCAAUAUUAAAUAUUGCUUCAAUGAGAAAGAGAGUUAUGAGCUCUAAUGCUUAUUUGUUCUAAUGUUUUUUUGUAUAUUGGUAUUUUAAUGCUUCUUUGUUCUAGGUGCACCUUAGUUAAACAACAAAAAAAAGUUAUAAUUUUUUCUAGAAGAGUACUACUAAUCAUCCAUUAUAGGCUUAUAUGUUCAAAAGAGCGAGACGAAAAUACAAAAACUUUAGAAAAGUCGAUAGAGUCAUAUAUAAUGAUUCAAGUUUGUCCAUUGCUUAGCUAGAUUUCUCUCAUAUUGUACUCAAAUUUAUGAACACUUUUUGAAAAGAAUUGCUGCCAAAAUUACGUGAAAUGUUCCCUUCAUAUAUCCGUUUUCAUAAUUAAAAUUCCUCUCUAA